CAGCUUAUAAAAGCUCAGUGGAAGUAGAAAACAUUCAGUGCAGAUGAAACACUUUUUUCAUCAUCGGUUUUACAUCCUUUUUUUUAUCAUUAAUAGUGAAACUUAAUGAUUAAAAGAAAAUAGUGUAAACUUAAUGAUUAAAAAGAAAAUAGUAGUUCUUCUUACAUAAUAAUUACAUUUAACUUGCACCUGUUGCUUGGAACGCUUGGAGAAAGUGAUUUUCUUAUCAUUUCUUCAAAUUAUUUGAGAAUUUAUAUAACUUAGUAGUAAUGGAGACAGUAAAUAUUAAAAAAGAGUUGAGUAACGAUAAUGUAUAUAAUCAAAUGAAUAAAGAAUUUAUAAGUUUAAAGUCUCCAGAUGAGAAAGUCAUCAAUGAGCAUUUAGAGUUGAUUUUAAAAAAAUUGAUACCAGCCAUGAAAACCCAAAGCACGUUGUUCAAUAAAACUUACCAAAAACUUGCUUAUACGGGUAGCUAUUUUAAAAAAACUCGAGUUGGAGCACCCGAGGAAUUUGAUUUAAACUUAAUUAUAAACUUACCUCUAAAAGAGAAAGAUUUUGAGUUUAAAACAGAUCAUCUUGGUUAUACUAAAAUACGUAUAAAAAAGGGGGAUACAAAUACGACUUUCAAUCUUGAUCAGAAAGCAUAUAAAGAAAUGAAUACUUUUAUUGACCAAGACUCAUAUUUGAACCAAAAUAAAUUUCGUAAUUGGAUAGAAGGAAUUUUAAGUAACGUAGCCAAUAGUAAAAAAAGUCAAAACGGUAAAAAUAAUCAAAUUAUUUUGGAUGGAAUUUCAUAUCCGAUAUAUAUAAAACGAAAAUCAGGACCCGCCUUUACCUUAUCAUUUACACCGAUAAAAAAACCGAUUGACAUAGAUUUGGUUCCUGUAUUAGCAUUUCCGAUUCGUAAUCCGCCACCAGGAUUCAACGCCAGACAUUCUCUUAAUUCAAGUAGAUCUUGGUAUGCAGUUCCCAAACCUCUAUACAGUAGCAAGUACGGGAACGAAUCACAUCGUUAUUGGCGAUUAAGUUUUUAUGAACUCGAGAAAGAUAUUCUUGAUGAGUAUUAUACUGCAAAUCGUAUAAAGUCUACAAUACGUCACUUGAAGAAAUUCAGGGAUACGCAGAACUUAAAAAGUAUCGCGAGUUAUUACAUUGAAACUUUAUGCUUACAUGAACGAAACAUUUUUGUCGUAAAUUCCAAAGAAUCGUUUACUUUUUUAUUCUUUACGAUGUUACAAAAACUCCGCGACGCUUUUAAAAAUAAGCGCAUAGACUUUUAUUGGGUUGCAGGAGUAGAUUUACUAGAGAAAAUGAGUGAUGUUCAAAAGGAGCAGAUAAAAUGCAGAUUAGAUAAUAUUAUAAAAGAUAUCGAGAGAAAUAUAAAAGAAGAUAAGUUUGUGAUAGCAAAAUAUACACUACCUGCAAACGAAUUUUCUAAGUUACGCAGCCAAUUUAAAUAAACCAAACAAAUUAAUAAACAAGAAACUUUAUACACACUCUAACCAAACGAAGAAAACUGAGUAAAUCAACAAGCAAUUCAUAUGUAAUGUUAAGAUAUACACUAUACUAUAUACCAUAUUAUACUAUAUAAUAUACUAUACUAUACUAUACUAUAUAAUAUAUAUAUAAAAUACUAAUUAUGAAUUCUGUCUGUCUACGAAUAUACAGUUAUUAAUAUUGUACUUAAUAUAAUAAAG